UCAUCGAGUUAAAACUCCAGUCAGUCAGGUCUUUUAGUAAAUGCAGUGAUUGCUUUUCUUUCUGUAACGCAACUUUACUGUUGUUGAUAAAUAAUAAAAAAAAAAGAAAAGUAAAAUGGAAAAUCGUAAAAUCUUAUUUAAGUCACAAUCGAGGGUUCUAAGCCCGCACAACCAUAUUAAAAUAAACCGCGAAAGACAGCGCGUCACUCGCGCUUUAAAUCGUGAGAAGCAUUUUCAGAGCAAUCGCAACAUAGGUAUUAGUCCCAGUACGGUGAAAACUGUGACGGCACCGAAGCCGAACUGCUCUUCGCUGACUGAUACAAACGACAAUCGCGAGAAUCAGCCGCCUGGGCCUGAGAAUGAGUCUUCUAUAAGUAAAAUGCCAAGGGGCCAAGAGGAUUACCUUCAACGGUUUAUGAAGUGGCGGACGGCUUCUAAGCAACAAGUAGCCCAUAAACAACAGCAAAGGAACACAGAGGCACCGUCACAGCAAACACCAACAAAAAAAGAUAAGCAAAAACGUCAGUCAGUAUAUGUUGUUGUUGAUUCCAAACCAGCACCGCCAACUUCAAUGAAGAAACAACUGGCUAAUAUAAGAACACCAUUUGGUUUUGCUGCUGAGACAAAGACCUUUUCAACUAUACCGCCAGUAUCAGCUACGAGUCGAGCAAUAGUUCUGAAACCGGAAACAAAGUGGAUGCAGAAGGAGAACAAACCGAUUAUAGAAAAUACUAAAGUAACGACUAUACAAAAGUCAAAACCGUCAGGGACGAUUGAGCUCGCUAAAACUGCAGUCAGUUCAGUUAAUAGUACAUCGAGGCCCAUAAGUUUAAGGGCGCAGCCUUUCAAUGUGCCCAAAGUUGGCAAUAGUGCCAUAGGAUCAUUGCAGGGCGGCGGUGCAGUAGGCAAAUUUAAAGCAGUUGCAGUUGGGGUAAAAAACGACAUAUCUUCUCAGCUCAAAACACGGAUGAAGGCAAAAAAUACUGUGCCCGUUAACGGCAGGAAGAAAGACUGCAUGAAUAUAAACAAGGACAUGAUGAAAGCAACUUUGCUUUUGCAGCCACCCAGUACGCCGCUUGAUUUCGCCCACAAUAAUAAUUUGUUUCAGGCACAGGCAACCUCUACGCAAUGCAAGUCUAAUAAUAGUUCCGCCAAUUUGUUUGAAGCAUACAAUUUAAGCCCUGUGCAAGUUGGUGAAAAGUCCUGUGCAAAGAGACAGUUGUUGCCAUCGAAGUCCUCGAAUGUACAGGAAAAACGCAAAUGUAAUUUUGUGCGUUGCUCAGAGGCAAAUGAGUUGAUUGUAUCACCUUCAAAACCAGAAAUAGAUGAAAUGACAGUGAUGCCGGUAACGCCACAACGAGAUCCAGAGGUUCAGCCAAAUUACCUGAGCCCAUUUGUGAGCGUUUCACGCGGCAAAGUUAACACUCGAGCAGAGGCUGAGAAGAGAAACAGCAUAUAUCUGCAGAGACAGGAUCAGGAAAAACCAGAGGCGUCCGUUUUAGUGCGACGCACACAGGAAUCGGUGCUAUAUUUUCGUUUGCAGCUAGAUAACGAAAUUAGACGCCUACAUUCGCUCUGUGAUGAGUGGCACUUAUAUAGCAACCAAAAUAAAACGCAACUGCAUGAAACUGGAGGAAUGGAUAUGAUAGAUGUGGCUAUUGGGCAGACUAAGCUGCUGACCAGUAAAAAACUUAUGCAGUUUAAGGAUUUAAUUGAUCGCUGUGAAGCGGGUGCUACAGGAAUCGGUAUGCGACCAAAUGAUGGCGAGUCUACUAAGGUGGUUUUAGUCGAAGAUUUGGAAGGCUGGUGGGACUUGAUCCGUUUGCAGAGCGAUAAUUUAAAUAAACGUUUCGAUAACCUAAUCCGCUGGAAAGCCAACAAUUGGUUGGAUCCAGAUACAGUGGUACUGCAAUCUAAUCCCAACGUACACGUAAAAAAUAAGAAAAAGGCAACCGCCAAAGCAAGCAGUCACUUAAAAGAUUUUUUACGCAAGGCCUAUGCAAACAAGCGCAAUAAUGAGGCAUCUGAAUGUCUGAAAGAGGUGAAUCUUGAGCUCGCUAAAACUGCAGUUAGUUCAGUUAAUAGUACAUCGAGGCCCAUAAGUUUAAGGGCGCAGCCUUUCAAUGUGCCCAAAGUUGGCAGUAAUGCCAUAGGAUCAUUGCAGGGCGGCGGUGCAGUAGGCAAAUUUAAAGCAGUUGCAGUUGGGGUAAAAAACGACAUAUCUUCUCAGCUCAAAACACGGAUGAAGGCAAAAAAUACUGUGCCCGUUAACGGCAGGAAGAAAGACUGCAUGAAUAUAAACAAGGACAUGUUGAAAGCAACUUUGCUUUUGCAGCCACCCAGUACGCCGCUUGAUUUCGCCCACAAUAAUAAUUUGUUUCAGGCACAGGCAACCUCUAUGCAAUGCAAGUCUAAUAAUAGUUCCGCCAAUUUGUUUGAAGCAUACAAUCUAAGCCCUGCGCAAGUUGGUGAAAAGUCCUGUGCUAAGAUACAGUUGUUGCCAUCAGAGUCAUCGAAGGUACAGGAAAAACGCAAAUAUAAUUUUGUGCGUUACUCAGAGGCAAAUGAGUUGAUUGUAUCACCUUCAAAACCAGAAAUAGAUGAAAUGACAGUGAUGCCGGUAACGCCACAACGAGACCCAGAGGUUCAGCCAAAUUACCUGAGCCCAUUUGUGAGCGUUUCACGCGGCAAAGUUAACACUCGAGCAGAGGCUGAGAAGAGAAACAGCAUAUAUCUGCAGAGACAGGAUCAGGAAAAACCAGAGGCGUCCGUUUUAGUGCGACGCACACAGGAAUCGGUGCUAUAUUUUCGUUUGCAGCUAGAUAACGAAAUUAGACGCCUACAUUCGCUCUGUGAUGAGUGGCACUUAUAUAGCAACCAAAAUAAAACGCAACUGCAUGAAACUGGAGGAAUGGAUAUGAUAGAUGUGGCUAUUGGGCAGACUAAGCUGCUGACCAGUAAAAAACUUAUGCAGUUUAAGGAUUUAAUUGAUCGCUGUGAAGCGGGUGCUACAGGAAUCGGUAUGCGACCAAAUGAUGGCGAGUCUACUAAGGUGGUUUUAGUCGAAGAUUUGGAAGGCUGGUGGGACUUGAUCCGUUUGCAGAGCGAUAAUUUAAAUAAACGUUUCGAUAACCUAAUCCGCUGGAAAGCCAACAAUUGGUUGGAUCCAGAUACAGUGGUACUGCAAUCCAAUCCCAACGUACACGUAAAAAAUAAAAAAAAGGCAACCGCCAAAGCAAGCAGUCACUUAAAAGAUUUUUUACGCAAGGCCUAUGCAAACAAGCGCAAUAAUGAGGCAUCUGAAUGUCUGAAAGAGAUGAAUCUUACACUAGAACGUCGCUCAUUAAACCGUACUUUUGUGGUUCGCGAUCACAAAUCGUCGUCACCAGCCCGGACCCUGCUUCGUGUGCCCAGGUGCAUGAGCAAACAACCAUCGAAUAUACGAAACCUAUUAUUAAAGUCUGCAAUUCUGGGCGCAGCCGAAGAGAUUUCAGAAAAUCAACAGAUGCCUCCAAAGAAUCGCAUUUCUAUUCUGAAAACCCCAGGCUCUAAAAAACGUGAAACUCCUGUUCGCAAUGUUGCGUUCAGUGCGAAGAAAAAUGUGCGUCGUUUUCAGUUCACGUUUGAGGAAGGUCAUCGCAGAGAAGAUGACGACGCUACUGCAGGCAUUGAUAAGUUAGAAGAUUGUGAAGAGGAUGUGUCACCAAAGAAAAGAUUGUCUCACAGCGAUGAACAAGAAGGAAGUUCGCGUAUUUAUUAUCUUCGCAAUCGUAAGAUUGUACUGCGACCAUCUACGGAGUUUAUGUAGCAUUACAAAUAUUUGAUAUUUUAUAUUAAGGGUCAAAUAUUGUCCACAAAUAAUGAAAGAAAAUUUGAAUAUAUUCCCGCUUACUUUUAAAGUUAAAACCCCUUUAUUUUAUUUUUUAUCUAACGUUAGCUAACAUAUGUAAAAUUUUA